GUACACUACAACAGCAUGUGCCGAAGUACAGUCCAGACGGUGAUUGUCAGAGAUGCACGCGUCCUGCCUUUCUCAAGAUGUGCUCGAGGAAACAGUCAAUUGCUCGUGAGGUAAGAUGCACCGGUGAGUGGGGAUACGAAUAGACGAGUUUAAAUCGCCAAACAAGAGCAACGGCACCAGAAGAAGAACAGAGACGAAAAGGAGAGCAAAAUGGCCAGCAGCGAAUCUGGAGAAAAGAGCGUCGUGCUUGCAAGCAGCACCCGACCAGCACCUGGAGUCGAGAGCGGUGGAGGGGACGACGAGAGGCAAGGCGGGAUCAGAGACAGUCUUGCCAGCACCAGAGCCUUCGGGGCUGGCCCGCGCAGAUGGUGCAGGGCGUGGCGGAGAGACCUAGGAUCAGGCGAGAGCUUGGACUGCAGAACGCAAGCGAAGCAACGCCAUCCUGAGUCAACGAGUCAGGGUUGGUUGCGAUGUCGAGUGAUUGGUGGGACUGAUGGUGAGACGCGGGCAAUGCACGAGGGUUCCCGCUUCUGCUCCACGCGGCCAAUUCGAGAUGGCGCACCCUGCCGUGUUCUCUGCGCGCAGCUCAGCUCUUUGGGCGUCGUAACAAUUGCGUGCGCUCAGCGCACUGCCCGUCCCUGGCGCUUCGGAAUCGAAAUGAGCGAUUGUCGCAGUCAGCACGCAACGUGAGGCGGCCCGAGGCGCACGGUG